AAAAAAAGAAGAAAAUGUGAAAUAUUUUAGGUUAACUUAUAAUUUUUUUUUAAAUUGUAAUUAUUCUAAUAUGUAGUGAUUACAUCAGUGGAUGAGCGCAUAAAUAAGAACCCAAAGAAAUAAUGAGCAGUAAGUAUGUCUUUUGAAAACCAGAGAAUACCAGUCUUGUACGGUUCGCAGACUGGCAAUGCUCAGGAUUUAGGCGAGAGGAUAUCCAGGGAAGCGAAACGAUUUUAUUUCAGAAGCCCGGCUUCUGCUCUAGACAGUUAUAACAUUAUUGAAUUGAUUAAUGAGAAGUGCGUAGUGUUUGUAUGUUCGACAACCGGUCAAGGUGAAGAACCUGACAACAUGAAAGUAUUUUGGAAGUUUCUGUUAAAGAAGAGUUUACCUCCCGAUAUUUUGAGCAACUUAAAGUUCGCUGUGUUCGGUUUAGGCGACUCGAGUUAUGUAAAGUACAAUUUUACAGCAAAACUUUUGUAUAAGAGGCUGAUAAAUUUAGGAGCGAAGCCUGUUAUUCCGUUGGGGUUAGGAGAUGAUCAACACGAUUUAGGAUAUGAUGGUACUGCUGAUCCUUGGAUUGAAUCCUUAUGGGGUCAAUUGCUACAAUUGUUUCCUCUUCCUGCUAAUAUUAUUCCCUUGCCGAAGGACUAUAGAAUAGAACCAAGAUGGCACGCAUUUAAAUCUGACAAUGUAAUUUCAAACAGAAAUCAGUCAAUUUACUCAAAUACCAGAAAAAAUUCGGACUUUAUAGCUACUGUAAUAGAAAACAAAAGGAUCACAUCGCCCGAUCAUUUUCAGGACGUAAGAUUGAUAAAAUUUCGCUGCAAAGACCAAUCGUACAAUCCUGGCGAUGUCAUCGUACUUCGGCCGAAAAAUCUUAGUUGGAAAAUCAAAGAGUUCCAAGAGGUACUUACAAACAACGGCGUGGAAAUACCUCCAGAAACGGUGAUAGAUCUGGCACAGAAAGAUGUAGAUAUUCCAGUUCCAGACGUCCUUAAAUAUAGGGUAACGUUCGGGCAAUUAUGCGCGGAAUAUUUCGAUUUGAUGUCGGUACCGAGACGCCACACCUUCCAGAUUUUAGCCCAAUUGACCGAUAGCGAAUUAGAGAAAGAAAAAUGUUUAGAAUUUACCACUGCCGAGGGGCAGGAAGAUUUGUACAGCUACACAUACAGACCAAAGAGGAAUAUCGUUGAAGUUUUACAAGAUUUUCCGCAGGCUACGAAAAAUUUAACACUGGAUAUGAUGUUUGAGUUAUUGCCUCCUAUUAAACCCAGGGAAUUUUCGAUCGCUAGUAGCCGUAAAGUACACGGUGAUGAAGUGCACGUACUGCUGGCUGUUGUAAAAUAUAAAACGAGGCUAGUAAAAGAACGGUUCGGUUUAGGUUCGAAUUAUUUGGCUGGAUUGAAAGAAGGCGAUGAAAUUAUGGCUCUAAUUAAGAAGGGAAGUUUUAAAUUUCCCAAAGAACUCGAUAUUCCAGUUAUAUUAGUAGGGCCUGGUACAGGUGUAGCAUCAUUUCGUAGUUUUGUGUUCGAAAAAUCCGACGAGAAUUCUCAUUUAAACAAUCCAGUUCUAUUUUUUGGUUGUCGAUAUAGAAACAAAGACUUUUUAUGCAAAGAAGAUUUCCAAAGACUUGCUAGCAGAAAUAAACUGAAGCUCAUAACUGCUUUUUCGAGAGACGAAGACCACAAAGUUUAUGUUCAGGAUAAAAUUAAAGAAAAUGGGCCGCUGGUUUGGGAGUUACUGCAAAACGAAGCUCGAAUAUUCGUCGCGGGUAGUUCCAAAAAUAUGCCACAAGGAGUGCGAAAAGCUUUUCUCGAUGUUUGCCAAGAAGCCGGAGGUUUAAGCCCUGAAGAAAGUACAAAAUUUAUCGAGAAACUAGAAAAAAUCGGUAGGUAUCAAACUGAAUGCUGGUCAUAAAUUUGUUAUUUUCUUUAUUAAAUUUUAAUAUAAGAAAUUGUAGUUAUCUUAUAACUACACAUAUUUUUUUAACAAUACUGUUACCUGUUACAUUUUUAUAUUAGCAAAUUGUACAAUAGUUCAAUUUAUUAGUGAAAAAGGUUGCGUUAGAAUAUAUAAAAUUAAUUAUUAAAAAAAUAUAUAGUUAAAACGUGUUUAGACAUAUCAAAUAAAUUAAUAGAACUUAAUAAUAUUUCAAUAUUACAACUAAUAAGGCAGUGUUAAAGGCACAAAUAUUUGAUUUUUUUAAAUGGUACGUUUUCCUAACGAACACGAGAUAUUUUCUUUGCCUUAUCGACACAUGGAGGAGGUAUGUCUGGUUUAUUUGUUGUAAACCUGCUGUGCAACCUGCAAAAAUGAAUUAAUUUCAGUUAAUUACAUGUUAAAUUACUGGACAUUAAGUAAACUCACACUCUGUAGGUUUCACUUUUCAAAUAAUCCUGUAAAUGACUUAUGCCAAGCUGUAACUGAUCAGCAAUAGGCUUAACCCAUUCGUUUCCUUCGAAUCUGAAGGCUGAUUUGUUGGAGGACAUGUCCAAAUUUCCAAUUUCAGGAGGUAAAAUAGUUAAGCGGUUGCCCUGCAAAUGGAGCUCCCUAAGACGUGUCAAUUCGCCUAUUUCCUUCGGCAAUUCUAUCAGAUCGUUUUCUCUCAAAACUAGCUGAAAUAAAGUAUUUCUAUGUAAGUUAAGUUAAAAAGCAAUGUACAAAUAUACAUACGAUUUGUAAAUUCUUGAGAUUCUUAAUGUCAGCUGGAAGGUAUUCGAAAUCGUUGUCGCCUAAGUACAAGGCUCGUAAAGUUUCUGGAAUGAACGCAUUGAAAUAAUAUUGCAAGCAUUAGUAUUGGAAAAAAAUGUACCCAUCAUGAAGAAAUUUCCAGGCAGGGAUUCUUCCUUUAAAUUGUUGUAUGUCAAGUCCAGGACUUCCAGUACUGGGAAAGCUCCAAAGCCUCUUGGUAAAGUGUACAGCCUGUUGAUGGACAAGUUCAAAAUCCUCAACUUAGGCAUGGAAGAUAACGAUAAUGGCAAUUCCUCGAUGUGAUUAUUUGCCAAAUUCAAUAUUUCCAAAUUCGAUAAAUUUGCAAGACCUGGUGGUACAG